GGUUAGUUCGCGCGAACGUCAGUCACGUUUGCGUUCUACUCGUGCUCGGAAGGAUCGAUUUCACUGAACGAAAGUUGUUUCAAAAAGCAAACUGUUUUUCUACGUGUAAAGGAUAUAGUGUUAAACUAAUAGAACAUCGUUUCAUUAAGUUAUGGACGAUCGUUUUUAUUGAAUUUUUCGUUCAAUUUCAAUCGUCUGCAAUGGGAAAUCCACACUCAAAAGACGUCCGUAACGGACUGCGAAGUUGUAAAGUUUUCUCGAGAGAUGUCAGAUCGAACGAGAGUGAUCAAACACGAAAAUAACGAUUAUGUCCACAAGACGUUUCCUCGAACGUGUCAAGUGUCAUUUUAAGAGCUUUAUCCGUCAAUCAAGUUACUUACGUUAUGCUAGUAAAACCCUUGAACCUGAUACGAAGCAGUUCGAUCAGCUGCACAACAGGAUCCACAGUAGUAGCCAGUUGACUUGCGACGACAAAUCUUCAACGAUGUCAGCUCUUCACCGGGAUCAGCUUGGUCAGCGGGGACAUGGAGAUGCUGUCUGUGCAGGUUUACUUCGUGGCCUCGAUCAUCUGAAAAACCCACAGUUGAAUAAGGGUAUGGCAUUUUCCAUUGAGGAAAGGCAAGUAUUGGGUAUCCAUGGUCUCCUACCAGCAGUUGUGAAGACUCAGGAAGAGCAACUGGAACUGUGCCGCCUAAAUCUGGAUCGUUACCCAGAUGAACUAUCAAAAUAUAUCUACCUCAUUGGCCUACUGGAUAGAAAUGAAAAACUCUUUUACCGUAUGCUCGCUGAUGAUGUGGCAAAACUGAUGCCUCUGGUAUACACACCAACAGUAGGUCUAGCUUGUCAAAAGUUUGGCCUGAUCUACAGAAGACCCCGUGGUAUGUUCAUAAGUAUAAAUGACAAAGGCUACAUAUAUGAUAUCUUGAAAAACUGGCCUGAACACGACGUACGAGCCAUCGUUGUCACCGAUGGUGAGAGAAUACUUGGGCUGGGUGAUCUGGGUGCCUAUGGAAUGGGAAUACCUGUUGGUAAGCUGUCCUUGUACACUGCACUGGCUGGUAUUAAACCACAUCAAUGUUUACCAAUUACUCUGGAUGUUGGUACCAACACUCAGUCUUUGUUGGAUGAUCCACUGUACAUUGGCCACAAGCACAAACGUGUCACUGGUCAAGAAUAUGAUGACUUCCUGGACGAAUUCAUGACCGCAGUGGUCAGGAGAUACGGACAGAAUACAUUGAUCCAAUUUGAAGAUUUCGGAAACGCCAACGCGUUUAGACUGCUUCAAAAAUAUCAGGACAAUUACUGUACCUUCAACGAUGACAUCCAAGGAACAGCUGCUGUCGCUGUUGCUGGUUUACUGGCAUCCCUUCGCGUUACACACACUAAACUGUCGGAGAAUACAAUUGUUUUCCAGGGAGCUGGAGAGGCUUCGUUAGGUAUCGCAUGGCUAUGCGUUAUGGCGAUGGAGAGGGAAGGUAUUAGCAAGGAGGAAGCUAAAAAGAAAAUCUGGAUGGUUGAUUCAAAAGGAUUAAUAGUCAAGGAUCGUCCAAAAGGUGGACUGACGGAGCACAAGCUGCGCUUUGCUCGAGAUGACAAACCAAUUGACACUUUGUUGGACGUGGUGAAAACUGCGAAACCUACUGUACUUAUCGGAGCAGCCGCAGUUGGCGGUGCUUUCACUACUGAAAUACUGGAAGAAAUGGCGAAAAAUAAUGAAACACCAGUUAUUUUUGCUCUCAGUAAUCCAACAAGCAAAGCAGAAUGUACUGCCGAACAAGCAUACACUGCUACAAAAGGAAAAUGUGUAUUUGCCAGUGGAUCACCAUUUGAUCCAGUGACAUACAACGGCAAGACUUACCAUCCUGGCCAGGGAAAUAACAGUUACAUUUUCCCUGGUAUUGCGUUGGGUGUAAUAUGCUGUUGUAUGCGUACAAUUCCUGAUAGCGCAUUCCUCGUCGCUGCUGAAACAUUAGCUCAGAUAGUUUCUGAUGAAGAUUUGGCGAGUGGAAACCUGUACCCACCGUUGCAAGAUAUCCAAAAGUGUUCAUUGACGAUAGCUGUUGAAGUCAUGAAAUGCGGUUAUGCAAGUGGUCUUGCAGCACUUCAUCCAGAACCUGAGGACUACAAGGAAUUCAUUAAAGCACAACUGUACGAUCCAACUUAUACAUCAUCAGUACCUCCAGUAUAUAAGUGGCCUAAAGUAUAAAUGUAUAUUCUACUGCCAUCUUCAAAUGCAACGCUUUGAUACGACGUCGAGUAUAAAAAUGUACACGACAGAUGUAUACUACAUUUUUCUUUUUAAUUUGGCAUGGUAUUGUAAGAGCCUGUUGAGCAGGUUUUUCAUAUAACUAUACUGAGUCUUUGUACGUAUGAGUAAUAAUCAGCAUGGGUGUUUGUGUAUGUGAGCAUGUAUCUAUUUCGAAAAAGGAAAGAUUUUAUUCUGAACUGUGUAUAAAUGUAUCCGCUACUGAUAGUUUUAAAUUAUUGGGAUGAUAAAAUGUUUGAUUUAUCGGUUUAACGAAUAAAAAAUUUCAAAUGAUUA